AUGAGUCAGGCCAAGUUGGUGGAUAAUUCUGCUUUGUUAGCCCGCCUCAAUCUCAGUCUAGUGGGACGCAUGUUUCAUCAAGGAGGCCGGAGUAUUGAAGCGCUUCUCUCCUUCUUACCCAAAGAGAACAUAUGGGAUUACCAUCAGAGGUCCCCUCCCCCUCCUCUCCGUUAUCAAGUUCCCCGUAACUCACAUUUCUCUCGGGCCACUAACGCUGCAAGACGUCCUUCUGGAUCCGGUAAUAUUAAAGAGAGAAUUGUUGAGGAUGGGAGAAAACGUCAAUUUGAGGAAUCCUUUUCCCAAGAUAAGAAUGGUGAACCCUCUAAUAAAGAUCGUUAUUACCAUUCCCGUUUUAAACCUACCUCUUCACAUCGUUCCAGAGAGAAACAAGGAAUGGAACUGAACAGUUCACACUUAUCUGACUCUCAACUUACAACCUCGAAGCCUCUUGUUGCUUCCUCAAGAGCCAAGCAAGGAAAUUCAUCCCCUGCUCUUGUGCGAGAAAGACUGUUUCGCUUGAACUUGUCAAAAAAGGCCAUUCUCUCGGAUGAAGACAAGGGCAAGGAGAUUGAUUUACCUCGUCAUUCCCCAGUGAUUUCUUCUGAAACUGGAAGCUCUGCAAAUAAAUCCUUGACUUUUGACCGCCUUAAUCCACGAGAGGAUGAACCCAUCUCUGCAACAAAUCUCGGCUCUGUGCCUUUGUGUUCUCAGUUGGAGAAAAGAAAGAGUUGGUACGAGAUGACCUUGGAAGAAGAAGCAGAAGAUCAAGACGAAGAUGAGGACACUCCUGAAGAAAACCCUGAAUCUGAGCCUGCAAAUUCUCUGGCGGUGAAGUUCUCUAAAUCAAUAAACUUUACUAGUCCUGCAAAUCUUUCUAACCUCCCAGUGACGAUAACGGCGACUCACGACGCUGAGGAUGGUUGGGUUGAUAACCACCAUUUGAUGUCGGAGGCCCUUAAUCUGGACUGGACGGUGGAGGAUGACGAAGCGUACCACGCUCUUGAACCUUCCCUCCCUGGAGAUACUGAAGAUUUCGAUGUUGAAAAUGAUGAUCUUCUAGGAGAAGAUCUUUAG